AUGGAGUGUUGGUGUACGGAAAAGCCUUCGAUCCGGCUCAGACCCCAAACCCGGAGCUCAGACCCCAAACCCGGAGCUCAGACCCCAAACCCGGAGCUCAGACCCCAAACCCGGAGCUCAGACCCCAAACCCGGAGCUCAGACCCCAAACCCGGAGCUCAGACCCCAAACCCGGAGCUCAGACCCCAAACCCAGAGCUCAGACCCCAAACCCGGAGCUCAGACCCCAAACCCGAAGCUCAGACCCCAAACCCAGAGCUCAGACCCCAAACCCGGAGCUCAGACCCCAAACCCGGAGCUCAGACCCCAAACCCGGAGCUCAGACCCCAAACCCCAGACCCCAAGACCCCCAAAGCAGCAAAGGGCAGUGUUAG